AUGGACUGGAGCAUGGGAGCCAACCGCGUGCCCUCGCAGUGUAAGGCGCAGACCACACCCUUACUGGAGUUACAAGCAUCUGUGCACUUAGAAAACUGCAUCCUCAGCUGGGAUACUAUGCGCGUAGAAGGGCUUGGUGAAGGCCUCAGUUCUCGGGGUCUCGUGGACGCAGCUGUCGUGGGAAGGCGUUUCCCCAGGGUGCAAGGAACCAUCUUCCCAGCUCCCAAUUUCAACCCCAUAGCGGAUGCCCAGAUGCUGGGGGGGGCGCUCCAAGGAUUCGGCUGCGACAAAGACAUGCUGAUCGCCCUUCUAACUCAGCGCUCGAACGCACAAAGGCUGAUGAUUGCGGAGGCCUACCAGAGCUUGCUCGGCCGGGACUUAAUUGGUGACCUGCGGGAGAAGCUCUCAGAUCACUUCAAAGACGUCAUGGUUGGCCUCAUGUACCCGCCACCAUCUUACGAUGCCCAUGAACUCUGGCAUGCCAUGAAGGGAGCAGGCACUGAAGAAAACUGCCUCAUUGAUAUUUUAGCUUCAAGAACAAAUGGAGAAAUUUUCCAGAUGCGAGAAGCCUACUAUCUGCAAUACGGCAGCAAUCUUCAAGAAGACAUUUACUCAGAGACCUCAGGACACUUCAGAGAUACUCUCAUGAACCUGGUCCAGGGAACCAGAGAGGAAGGAUAUACAGACCCUGCUAUGGCUGCUCAGGAUGCGAUGGUCCUGUGGGAAGCCUGUCAGCAGAAGACAGGGGAACACAAAACCAUGCUGCAGAUGAUCCUAUGCAACAAAAGCUAUCAGCAACUCUGGCUGGUUUUCCAGGAAUUUCAGAAUAUUUCUGGGCAAGACCUAGUAGAUGCCAUCAAUGAAUGCUAUGAUGGAUACUUCCAAGAGUUGCUAGUUGCAAUUGUUCUCUGUGUUCGAGACAAACCGGCCUAUUUUGCUUAUAGACUAUAUAGUGCAAUCCAUGACUUCGGUUUCCAUAACAAAACUGUAAUCAGGAUUCUAAUCGCCAGAAGUGAGAUAGACCUGAGGACCAUCAGGGAACGAUACAAAGAGAGAUACGGGAAAUCCCUAUUCCAUGACAUCAAAAAUUUUGCUUCAGGGCAUUAUGAGAAAGCUCUGCUUGCCAUCUGCGCUGGGGAUGCUGAAGACUACUAA